UCACAAUGACGCGCCUGGGUUGAAGUUCGGCGUUGUUUCAACAACGAAAAAAAAAAGAUUUGCUUAAUCGAACGUACACAGCAUUAUUUCCAAUAGUGGACUUUGAAUGCGAAUUGCGAUUCUCACACAGUUGGUCACUUGUAACCUCGCAGCUCACUCGAAAGUUUAGCGCGUAUUGGCCAGUACAGUCUUCUGCGGCGGGUAAGGACAUGGCUCAGAAGAAUAAAACGUUGAGCUUGCAGGAGCAAGUUGCUGUACUCGAGCAGAAGAAUUGUUUGCUCGAAGCAAAGAUAGUGGAAUGUAAAAAAUUGAAAAGUCUAUACUCGCAAAACCUUGACAUGUUAGAAGCCAAUUUAGAUGCUCUACAGAAUUUGUUAUUAAAAUGCAGAGAUGAAUUACUGGCCUACCGAGAACAAUGCUUAGGUCAACGAGAAAACAAUGAUCCUGUGAACUCUGGUCUCGAACGUGAAACAGAAGCGCUCAAAGCUCAGCUAGAAACCUACAAGAACGACCUAGCCGUAGAACGAGUGGCGCACCAAGCGCUGCUAAAAGAAAAUUAUCAACUUGUCGGUUCACUGCAGCAACUACAGCAGCAGAAUCCGAACCUGAUCGUCGAAGCGUUGGAUGGCCACACGGAACAAAGCCAACAUGGAACCAACAACAGCAGUUGCAACAAGGAGAUGCUAUCGCCUCUAACAGCUCGAGUAAGUCAGCAUGACGAGCAUUUAGAACGGUAUACCUCCCACUGUUCACUUUGCAACAUGGUGUUUAUAGAUUUUCAGUCUCUCGAAACCCACAUCGAUGAUUGUCCGGCUUAUUGACGGUUAAUGAGAUGGUUAAGUUGAUGGAAUAAAGUAUAUAUUUAUAUAAAAAGCCGUUUAGACUAAUUACCACAUAAAAGUACCAAUCAGGUGAAACGCUUUGCGACGGAACGCCCCUAUCAAAAUACAAUGAUCACCUAAUUAAACAGUCACUACCACCAUCGUGCUGGGUUAGUUCCAUUUUUAGUUACUUCCUUAUCAAGAAACGAUAAUGUCACGGAUUAUCAAAAACGUUGAGUAAUAAAUACUACGAUUGCACUUUAUUUAUUUGAACAACUGAGCAAAUAAAUACAUAGAAAAACAAAAUGCACAAAGCGAUAACGAACGCGCCCUCAACAAACUAUUUUGAAAUGGUUGAUAGUACAUAAAAUAAA